GAGAAAGAGGUGGGAUCACGAAACAGGAAGAAGCACGGAGGCACGAUUAGAAGCACGGAAGCGGCUAAUAGAGAUGGCAACCUAUACGCGUGUCAUUCCGUCACACGUGGGUUUGUUUAUCACCACAGCGCCAACACGUGCACGGCUCCUUCCUGAUUGGCUCCCCACGCCGCGCCUCGCCAAAAAGCUCCGCCCACUUCUUUCUUCCCAUUGCCACAACAAGCCUUCACAAUUUUCGCCAAUUUCCCAUCGUACUUUCCAAACCAGCCACUUCCCCUCGCCCGGGUCUUGCCACAGGGGGUAAACAAGGGUGAGGAAACCGAGCGUCACACUUACAUGGGAUGACACGUACCGGUAUGUCCUUGUGAACGGGAAAUAUCACCAUCAGGAUGUUUGGUGAUAGACUGGACUUGCGCGGUCGUUCCCCCAGUCACCUGUUACACUCGCAGCUUCUCUCAGUAUCCGCGGGGAUGUUGCAGCAGUAAGGGACGGCCCGCGCGCUGCAGGGACGACAUAGCGCUGUUUCUCUACCCACGUGCCAUGCUGAGGCUGGUUCUCCACGCAGCGGUGCCCUUCGGUCUGACGGCGCCCAUGGAUGACGACCCAGACUACCACGGAGAGGAGGAGUACCUGAGAGCGGCGCGGGACGAAGCCUGGGAGCCCCGACACACAGGCACCUUUCCGCUUCCCGACGUCAUCAUCAGCAACACGCCUCCUCCCUCUCCCCUCCGCCGCGCCCGCUCCUGCCACGCCUUCUUCCCUGAGAAGACUGAGACGCUGCCCCCCUCCCCGCUCACUCCCCCUGCCACACCCGGGGCUGUGUUUGAUGGUGAGGCCGGAGUGCAGGCGCUGCAGACGGGGCUCGGCCACAUCCAGGAGGUGAGGCGACGGCUGCGGGACAACAACUCCCUCAACCCCUUACAACUGCCCCAGCUGUCCUGGCCCCUGCCUGCCCACGCACAGCCGCAAUCCAACCGCGGGUCUGUCAUGGAAGAAGCAGAGUCUGCCCCGGAGAGGAGAGCCCCGAUGAAUGAGGCGCGAGGGGCGGGCAGCACGGAGGAGCACCACCACUGGCGGCUGAUAGGGGGCGAGCUGAGGAUGGUGGCAGACCAGUUUCAGCGGAACAAGUCAAAAGCAUCCGGCAAGGGCAGUAGCGAGGCGGCGGCACACACCGUGGUGCCGGCAGUCCUGGGCAGGUGCCUGGCGGCGUCCCUCCUCUGUCUGGUGUGGUGGCGACUCUACAACAAGUUACGCUGAUUGGGCGAGGGAUGGCGGCGCUUCCCUCGUCAUCAUCUUGCCCUGUGCGACCUGAUCAAGGUCAAGGUCCGGAGGGGCCGGUGUGUCUCCAGGGCCUUUGUGGCCUCCUUCGAAAGCCGUUGUGUCAAAAUUUGUCAAUGGUGUGUGUUGGGGGGCGGCGGUCGAGAUGAUGGUGAGGAGCCUCCCCCGCCUCCCUGAGCGCGCUGUUUCUUGGUUCCUGCCACGCAAAAUGAUCGCCACUUUGUGCACUGCGAGGCCGCAAUCCCUAGACCCAUGUACAGACCGUCUUGUGAGGGAUGCCUUGCUGAGAGAUGUGUUUUUUUGCAAUUAUUAUUUUGUUAGAGGUUGUCCAGAAGGUUCUGUUCCAAGUGUGUAGAACAGACGUCAGUAGUUUAUGCCUAAAAAAUGUUUGGAUAUUUUUAUUUCGGAGUCACGUAGCACAAGCUUUUCUUUCCAUGAAUGGCACGUGAACAGUUGUACAGAUGCUUCGCUCCUCUUUUUGUUUUUCUUUUAGGAUAGUUGAUGUAGCUGAUAAGAUUCAUAUUUUGAUAAGUAUCGUGUGUAAGACGUCCAAAUCUCCCAGACUAACUGUUCCAUCCCGUCAAAGUCACACUACACCUCUGCCCGCUGUCUUUCAUUAUGGAGGAAAUCUCUCAUAAGACUCGAGGAGAAGAGGAGGUGCACUCGAGCUUCACCAACUUCUCUGUCUGUCUCUUGAAAUUCAGAGGAUGCAGCGUGGUGCUCUUGCUCCUCCUCCUUGCCUUUGAGUUUGGAAAAUAAAGUAACUCGAGAGUUUUCCAUGCCAAGCUAAUGUGUGAAGGUUUAGGACCGCCUAGUUGUGUUAAGCGCCACGUGUCUGGAGAAUGUGAGGGCCAGAAAGGCAAUCUUUUUCGGUCUUUGAGGUGUUGUCGCGUAGGCUCAGGUCAGUAUAUUUUGUAUAUUUUGACUCUGCGGCGGUGAGUAAGCUUAAGCCAGGAACGGGUGGACGGGACAAGGUGUGUUGAGUUAGGCCAGACCACCACUGCCGCUGCCUCUUGAUCUCACUAGCCAUUAGUAGACUUUCUUUCCGCUCAGUGCUGGACUACCAGUCUUUCAGGGGAGGAGUCCCGCUCCGCCCCCGUACCAUUAAGUGUUUCGCGGGCGUCUGCGCGUCCCAGUUAUUGUAAAUGUCUUUCAAGGUACGCAUUAAGGUCAGUCAAGGGGGCGCUGUCUUCACCUCCUGUAAACUAAGCUCUUUCAGAGGGGCGUCGCUUACUACCUCAGAUAUAAAGUCUAUUUGAGUGGUGAGGCGACUCCCCCGCCCAUUAGCCAUAAGAUUUGAGGAAGGCAGGACUUCUCAGUGAGCCACGAAAAAGGUAUUAAAACUAUUUGACAAGAAAAAAUACAGACACAGCGCGUGGGACCAAAGUUGGAGAGUUAAAAAAAAAAAAAAAAAGAAAGUUUGCAGUUCCAUUCUUGAGGCGAUCUGUGAAAAGACAUCCUGCCUUCUUUUGGUGUAAAAGACAGAUUUUAUGGUGCUGUACAGAACGACUAGCAAUAUUCCUUCUAUGUACACUGACUGGCAACUCUGAUACGAACGAACGAAAAAACAAUCAAAUAAUGUUAAUUGUACCUUAAGGAAGCCAUACAUUCCCUGAAAAAACUCACUUCAAAGCGUAACAGUGACAGCAGUGAUGGUGACUGAUGAAACAAGGCCGUUCGCAUCAGAGUGCCGAGUCUGUGUCACGUUCAUCAAAGCUACGUGACGUGAUACCUGCGUGGGCCUUAAGGUGGGCUGGCCAGGUGACACCCUAUGCCCUGUCAAGCCUCGCCAGCCCAUGCCAGGGACCCACGCCCCUCCCAGCGCUGAGGGAUAUAUAUUUAUUUUUACUCCCGGAUGUUUUUUAUUAUGUUUUCGUUGUUUUCUUUGCUUUUCUCUUCCGUCAGGACAUUUACAUCUCACGGUAAAGGAAUUUGCAUGUACGAAAUGGUAAUUGAAAGGAGGAAAAGUAAAGAAUUUAAUUUUUAUCUUUCAUAUUGUUACGAAUGUGAGGGAAAAUUUCUUUUCUUGCUUUUUUUUUUUUUGUGACAGGAAAGCUUGUACCACCAAUGAUGACUGGCUGUGUGUGUGUGUGUGUGUGUGUGUGUGUGUGUGUGUGUGUGUGUGUGUGUGUGUGAGAGAAAGUCCACAAACUACACAUUAUUCUGACAAAGGUUGACCAAUUAGCUCGCCUUCCUUCACACAUAAGCAGUGUGUCUGUCUUUUCUUCGGUUCAGUUAAGGGAUAAAUUAUGUAUUGUAGUAUCUACUGGAGUGCUCUUGUGAGCUAUCUUACGUGUUCUGUGACGCCUUUACACACACACACACACACACACACACACACACACACACACACACACACACACACACACACACACACACACACACACACACACUUCUCUCCCUCGCUGUACUGCUCUGUUCUCUAGUCAGGACACUUCACAUUAAAAGACAAUUGACCAGGUUAUGUAUCAAGGGCGUGAGACCCAAUGAUCUCAAAGAAGCCAAAACGCCGCUCACCAGGAAUGCCGGAGCUCUGCAUUCCUCUUCCCUUCCCUUCCCACCCGCCCGCUGUCAAAACAUACCAGACCGUCAGGCUCAUUUGCAGGAUCUCAAACAAUAAAGUGCAAUAAAUAAGUAGUUUCAUUGCAAUAGGACUGGCUGACCGACCAACCAACGCACGGGAGUCUUGAUUGAUGGAUCAUGUCAUCUAUUUUUCACCGACUUGAAACUAUUUUCUUGUGUAUGUGUUUUGCAAUGUUCUCAAUUUUUUGUACGAUACAUUAGGUUAUAAUGUAUAAAUAAAUCACGCAAGUAGA